AUGGCUACUCUUGACUCAGCUUUGCAUUCAGAUGUUGGAGGCGAGCUUGCCGGGGAUGGAUUCCUAUACAAGGAAGACGCGGAAGCCGGGCACCGCGUUAAAGAAAUGGAAGUAAACUCGAUACCUUUCGCAUCAGAGGCAGGAUUGCAAUUCUACAAAAUCAACGUUCUAGACGAUCCAAGCAAACGCCAGAUACUCGAUUCCUACUUCCAGUGGUUUGGUCUAGGUCUUUAUAGAACCUUCGGUGCUAUGGCUGGGGACUAUGCCUUUCGACAAAGCGACCGAUCUUCGAAAACCGAAUCUCUAUUAAUCCAGUUUUGGAAGAAGGGAUCAAAGGUCACCUUCUGGAAAGGCUCGCAUCUUGCACAAGUGGCUACCAUGAAGGGGGAAAACAACUUGUGGAGAGCUCCUCGCGUAGCCCUCACAAGGCUUGGUCUUGAGCCUGUUGAGGUAGAUUUUGAAAAUGGAGGAUUUUCUAUCCGCGACACCCGCCUCUUCGUUGAAGUGUCGGCAGGCAGUGCUAUCACAUUUGGCGUUGCAGCAGAAGACGUGCUGAAAAAAUGGUGGUCCCCAAUGAAACUUCCGAGAUCACUCCAACGAGUAGUCAGCGACAUGGAUGGACCUAACUUUGGCAUGAAUGUCACGUAUUUCGAUGACAGCCAUCAUCACGUUCGACCAGUCGUUGCCAGUCCGCCACCCGAUUAG